CUAGAAGCAUCUGCCCGUUUCCCUCAAGUCCGAAGAUUUCCGCCAAAUCCAGCAUCAAGUCAUGGAUAUGAUAAAUCUUCCCAUGAGGCAAUAAUAGAGACCCCUUCUUCUUCAACUACUAAUGGUUGUGCUUUAAUAGGGCGGAGUAUUUCCCCUAAUGACAAUCUCUGUGAGUUAAUGAUUUCCAUGCUUAUAAGUAUGCUUUCCCGUUUCAGCGAUAUGGAUCUCCCACUUGCCCUCCGCCAAAAACUUACUGAGCUCAUUUCAUUAACAAAUAACCUUCCCUCCAAUACUUCAAUGGAACUGCCGGAGCAUUAAUAAUAAGAAAAAUGAAUUAAUUUACCUUAUUAAUAAAUACCAUCCCCUCAUCCUAGCCAUCCAAGAGACAUGGCUUAAGCCUGGGUCCCAUUUUAGGAUCUCAGGUUAUUCAUGCCUCAGGGAUGAUAGGCAUGAUGGUCAUGCUGGCUCUUUCAUUCUUAUCUCAAAAUCAAUUACUUAUACAUUAAUUUCCCUUCCUUCUCAUAGUCCUUCAAUUAAUGCUGUAGCAGUUAGAGCUCAUAACACUUCUUUUCUCUCUAUUUACAUUCCCGAACCUAGUUUAAAUAUCUUGUCAGAACUUACGAGGAUUGUAUCCUCCAUCCCUCCUCCUAUGGUAAUUCUUGGUGAUUUUAAUAUGCACCAUACUUUAUGGGGCUCCCAUUUUUGUGAUCCCUGGUCUUUUACAUUUUUAGACAUCAUUGAUGAUUUAGAUCUCUGCCUCCUUAACGAUGGUUCACUUACACGUAGAGUAUCCCCCCUCCAAAAUCCUAAAAGUGCAGUAGAUCUGUCACUCUGUUCCCCUGCCCUGUCGUCCCUUCUUUCUUGGAGAAUAUUACCCUUUUCCCAUGGCAGUGAUCAUUUCCCUAUUGUUAUUAAUCCCCCUAGCUCCUAUACAGUCAAUGUUCCAUUUAAUCCUAGGUUAAAAUAUAACACAUCCAAAGCAAACUGGCAACUAUAUUCCACAGUUCUAGAGGAAGAACUAUCAGCCCUUCCUCCUGUUCAGAAAGAUAAUGUUCUUCAGGUGUAUUCUACUUUUAAAAAUGCUAUUUUAUCUGCUGCCAAUAAGACAAUCCCCAUCAAAAAACCUUAUAAAAAUAAUGCUCCUUCACCACCUUGGUGGGAUCAAGAUUGUUCUGUAGCAUGUAAGAAGAGAAAGGAAGCUGAAGUAAGAUAUUCCCUCUCUAUGAAUCUUGACAACUAUAUUUUUUAUAAAAAAAACUGCUGCUGAAACAUUAAAAUUAUUAUCUGGGAAGAAAAAGGCUGGAUGGGUUAAAUUCUGUGAGUCACUGUCGCCUAGGACUCAUCCAUCAUUAGUCUGGAAAAAUAUUAAAAAAUUCCUAUGUUCAGUUUUGGCCUCUGAAAACACAAUUUCUAAUGAUCAGUCUUAUUGGCUUGAAAAUUUUGCUAGUAAGUUUGCUCCUCCCUCAGUACCAUCUUACAAUGAAAGUAUAGUAUUUCAAUCACAGUCCUUGCACUAUCAACACAGUUUUGACUCCCCUUUCUCUUAUGAGGAGUUAUAUGCUGUUCUUAGUGCCCUUAAAGACUCUUCACCAGGAAUUGAUGGAAUUCCUUAUUCUUUUAUUACUAAUAGCAGUGAAUCUACUAAAGCCCAUCUUCUUUUUAUUUUAAAUUGUAUUUACAUGUCCGGUAUUCCUCCUGAAGAAUGGAAAUCCCAAGUUAUUUUACCUAUUUACAAACCAGGUAAGCCUCACACUGAUCCCUCAAGCUACCGCCCUAUUGCUCUUUCUUGUACAAUGGCCAAAAUUCUUGAACACCUAAUAAAAAAUCGUCUAGAAUGGUUUCUUGAAAGCAAAAACCUUCUAGCAAAAAGCCAUUUGGAUUCCGAAAGGGCUUAAGCACCAUGGAUAGCCUUAGUAUUCUAGUUACUGAUAUUCGUAUAGCUUACUCUAAACAUGAAUACCUUGUUGGUGUCUUUCUAGAUAUCUCGUCUGCAUAUGAUAAUGUACUUCUUCCUGUGCUCAGGCAAAAAAUGCUUAAUCUGAGUAUUCCAGUGAGGAUAGUAAAUUUUGUCUCUAACUUUCUCUCUUCUAGAUCCAUUUAUAUUGAUAGUCAAAAUUCUCUACUCCCGCCAAGAAUUGUAUGGAAGGGUCUCCCACAAGGCUCAGUACUUAGUCCUUUGCUCUAUUCUAUCUAUACUUAUGAUCUAGAACUUUCUGUUAACUCAUUCUGUAACAUCCUCCAAUAUGCAGACGAUAUAGCUAUCUAUAUUUCCUUGGAUAACCUUGCUACAGCUUGUUCCCGCUUGAAUCUAUCAAUGUCCUAUUUACAAGAUUGGUUAACUGAUCAUGGUUUGUCCUUGUCUGUUCCCAAAAGCAGUGUUGUCAUCUUCUCGCGCCAUAGGCAACUCCCUGAAAUCGACAUUCUCUUUAAUCUUUUCUCAUCAUAUCAACUAUAUCUCAAAAAAAUGUGAAAAAAAUAUAAAUAUUCUUCGCGCGUUAUCGGGAGUUUGGUGGGGCUCCAAUCCAUUCUCUCAAAAAAUAUUGUACAACGCCCUUAUUCGUAGUCAUUUGGAUUAUGCAUGCUUUGUCUUGGAACCAUGUAAUAAGUCUUCCCUAAAGAUCCUAGACAGGAUUCAGACGAAAAGCCUUCGUAUAAUCAUUGGGGCAAUGAAAUCUUCCCCAAUAAAUGCUCUCCAAGUCAAAUGUGUAGAUCCCCCUCUUUACCUAAGAAGACAAUAUCUUUCGGACCGAUUCUUUUUUAAAAUCUAUCAACUCUCUUCACAUCCUCUCAUUUCUAAAUUACACCUUCUUUUGGAAUAUAUUUCAACAAAGCAUUACUGGACUCAUAAAGAAUCUCCCUGCUUAUCCAACAGUUUGGUAACAUUACUCCAUCUACCACACCCAGUAUCACAAUGCAAGUCCUGUCCCAUCUUUGAUAUCCCAUAUGAUGCAAUUAUUUUCCAACCAAAUAUCCACCUCGACCUUGGUAUUGAGAAAGAUUGCCCUAUAGCAAAUAGUAAACUAAGUAGAGUCAUAGAUAAUUUAUGGAAAGGCUGGCUUAUUAUAUACACUGAUGCCUCCAAAAAGUCAGGUGAAAGUUGCACUGGAGCAGCAGUUUGGAUUCCCAGAUACAAAAUAAUCCUCAAUUUUAAAUGCCCUUCUAUUUCUUCCACUUUUACUGGCGAGGCCACGGCAAUUUAUGAAGCUUUGAUUUAUAUAGAAGCACACAACUUAAAUAAGUCAGUUAUUCUUACCGACUCCAAAAGCUGUUUGUUAGCAAUUUUGUCAAACCAGUUCCAAAGUAAAUAUAAGUUACCCUUGAUCCUCAAAAUUAAACACACAUUGUAUAGAUGUCAUCUCAAGGGCAUUCAGGUUUCCUUAGCUUGGAUUCCAGGUCAUAGUGGCAUUAAGGGCAAUGAAACAGCUGAUCUGAUGGCUAAAAAUGCAAGUCGAAAUGGUUUGCCAUGUAAUUUAAUUUACUCUUCAGACAUAGUAUUACUUGCAAAGAAGAAGUUAAGUAAUAAUUGGAACACAUUAUGGAAAGCCACUCAAAAUAUAAAAGGUAAACACUAUGCUGCUAUACAAUGUGCCAUCCCUCCAAAACCAUGGUUUUUCAAAUUUAAUAAAGCUAACAAACAGUCAACAUCAACUAUUUGUAGACUUAGAAUUGGCCAUGCUUGUACACCAGUACAUUUAGCCAAACUGAGGAUUAGGGAUAGUUCCCUCUGCGAAUGUGGGUUAGAUGAGGGAACCUCAGACCAUAUUUUUUUUAACUGUCCUAAAUUAUCUUGUUCACUCUAUGAUCAUCUCCCUCCUGACAUCCCCCGUCCUAUAAAUUUUGAUUCACUUUUAACCUACACAAAUACUCCUUAUGUAUAUAUUCUGUGUGAUUUUAUUAACACUAAUAGUAUAAAAGUUUAAUGUUUGUCAAUACUAAUAUACUAAUGUAGUUAUAGCAACUGUGUUUGUCAUUUGUUCUAGGUAAUUCAACAGUACAACCACUAGUAUUACAAGAUAAAAAGGGAAAAUUUAAUUGUUUAAAGAAAAUAAGAUACUUGUAUUAUCACAAUCUUCUUUAGUACAUGGGCAUAGUAUUUGUAACUACUGAGCUUGUACUCAAUAAACACUUCGACGCUGACAUUGGCGAAUAAUUAAAAACCGCC